AUGAAGAAAUUUAGCUCAGGAGCUCUUCUUUUUGUUGUACUCUUUCUCGUUACUCAUUUCUCAGAGGCUAGACUUCAAGUGUGCAAGCCAAGUGGCAAAAUAAUUGGAAAAAAGCCUCCUCCUGGACAAUGCAACCAGGAAAACCAAUCUGACUGCUGUAAACAGGGGAAGUCUUACACCACCUACAAGUGUUCACCCCCAGUGUCAGGAAGCACUAAUGCAGUUCUCACAAUUAACAGCUUCGAGAAGGGUGGAGAUGGCGGUGCGCCAUCAGAAUGUGACAACAAGUACCAUUCCGAUAACACACCAGUUGUUGCUCUAUCAACUGGAUGGUACAAUGGAGGAUCAAGGUGCCUUAACAAUAUCACAAUAACUGCUAAUGGCCGAAGUGUAACUGCUAUGGUGGUUGAUGAGUGUGAUUCUACCAUGGGAUGUGAUGACGACCAUGAUUAUCAACCUCCAUGUGAUAAUAACAUUGUCGAUGCCUCUAAAGCUGUAUGGGAAGCCUUAGGAGUAUCUGGUAAUGUGGGCGAGUUGGAUAUCACUUGGUCUGAUGCCUAG